UUGUGUCUACUGUGUCAGGCCACUUUUGGGCAGAAAGGAAUUUUCUGUAAACAUUGCUGAGUGCAUGUCUGGAGAUGUCACAUGCAACUGGACGACUUGACAAUGCUGCAGAGCCUGGAACUGCUUUCAUGGAGUUAGCAAGCAGCGUUGAGCUUGAAGGAUGUUUUGGUUCAUACACGUGUUGAACUUUAUUUAAGUGUAGAGAUGCCCUUAUUCAUUGUGGAGAUGAGUUGCAGCCUGAUUGGCUGGCUCUUUCUGUACUUGUUGCUGUGUCAUUUAAAUAGUGAGAGAGAUAACGAGUGGAACUGCAGACUGGUAACUCUGCUCCAUGGCAUCCUGAUAGUAUGUGUGACUGCCUAUAUUGGGUUCAUUGCUGGGCCAUGGCCGUUCACACACCCAGGCACUGAAAACACAUCUCUCCAGAUCCUGGCUCUGGUCCUCAGCCUGGGAUACUUCCUCUUUGAUAUGGCUUGGUGUGUGUACUUCCGUACAGAGGGUCCAGUGAUGCUGGCCCACCACACCAUGAGCAUCCUUGGGAUCCUGCUUGCUCUGGGACUGGGCGAGUCAGGCAUCGAGACCUGUGCCGUUCUCUUCGGCAGUGAGAUUACCAACCCGCUCUUGCAGGCCCGCUGGUUCCUGAAGCGUAUGGGCCUCUAUGAUAGUUUAGCUGGAGAUGUGGUGGACCUGCUCUUCAUUGUUUUGUUUGCCUCGGUGAGGAUCGGUGUUGGGAGCAGAAUGCUGUACUGUGAGUUAACCUCUCCAAAGCCAUCACUAGUCGUGAAAGUAGGUGGGGUGGCUAUUUACUCCCUGUCGUGGAUCUUCAUGGUAGACAUUGCACGCUUUGCCUGCCGCAAAACUCGAACCAAAUACAGGCAAUGGAAAGAACAGUACAAACUGGAUGAUGCCAAUGGACAUGCUACUAAAGUGCAAUAGACCAUUCUGCAUUUGUGCUGCAACAUUUGCAUAACUUGUAUAACUAAAUAUAUAUGUGUAGUAGAUAGACCUUAUUAACACAAAACCAAAACACGGUGCACAAAAAAACAACUAUACAUACACAUACUGUACAAGGCUCAACAGUAAGGAUUUUGGUUAACACUUUACAAUAAGGUUGAUUUGUUAACAUCUGUUAAUGCAUUAGGCAGGGACGGUAAUAGGAUGCGAUCUUUAGUGGGACACUUGCAUGUUUAGGGGGGCAAUGUUGACAGUUUCAAGGUCAGUCUGGCAGAAUCAGAAGAAUCGGUAAAUGUUAAUGAGUUAUAAGUGCUGUAAAAGUUAGUUCAUGUUAACAAAUGUAGUUAACUAAUGUUAACAAAUAAAACCUACCUGUAAAGUGCUACCUAAAAUCUAAAGUGCUUGAUUUUAGUAUUUAGUAUUAUAUUUUAUACUAUAUAUAUAUAUAUAUAUUGUCUGGAUAAAGGUUAUCCAAAAAUACAUUAGUAAUGAAAUGAACACAAAAACAAUUACUUGAAUACACCUCUACUAACAUGAACAUAUUUUUAAUUUCUGAAUUCAAAGUCAUUUGAUAUUUUUUAUUUAUUUUUAUUCUGGCGUCAGAAGUCAAAAUAAAAGUGGUGUAACUGUCCCAAGACAGUAAAAUAAAUAAAAAAAUAAAAAAUAAAUACAUACAUAUAUACAUAAAUGUCUUGUUAAAAGCUGAAAUUCUUGAGAAAAAAUAAAUAAACGUUGGCAAAAGUUGUUUGGAGUAAUCAUUUAUUAUUAUUUCUUAAAGAAAAUUAGCAGAGAAACUACUUUGUUUUAAACAAGUCAGAUUGUUUAACCAACAUGCCAUAGCAAUUCUGCUGUCAUAUGACAAAAAGCCAUAAAACACAGAAAACCUAUUUGGCCCCCAAUGAAUGUGUAUGAAGUUAAAAAACAAAAUCAGACAUUUUUACAUUUUUAAGGCACAUUCUGUUUAAGUCGAAUGGAGAAACACUUUAUGUUUGUGACCCAAAAUCCAUGACAUUUGUAAAAAUUAUAUUUUUAAUUUGUGUACACUCUCCAUGUAUUCAAGGUGCAAGGAGAGUAUUUUAAUACAUUUUACAUGA